GGGAGUAUUCCCAUCUUCGUCAUAACUCAAUAUGGCAAAAAUAUCCUUAGUUAUUUCUGUGUUCCUCGUGGUCAUUUUCGUUGUUGCUAUCUCAGAAAUGGCGACUGCGGAUGAACCUCAAAUAUGUGAAAAGGCUAGCAUGAUGUUCUCCGGAAUUUGCAUCAGCACAUCGUGCGACAGAAAGUGUAAAGAAUGGGAGAAGGCACUCCAUGGAGCUUGUCAUCUGCGAGAGGUCAGAUAUAGUUGCUACUGCUACUAUGACUGUAAGAAGGUGCCACCUCCAAAACCUGGGUCACCACCUGCUGUUGUUGUCUCGCCGCCUCCUCCUGGUGGAGGGGGAUCCCCACCUUCUCCAGACGCCGGUGGAUCCCCACCUUCUCCAGACGCCGGUGGAUCCACACCGGCCUGCUGAUGUCAGGUCACCAUCUCCUCCAAAUAGGAAUAAAGAGAAAAAUGAUUCUUAUAUAACAUAUAUAGCUUUUUUAGAUAGUUAAUGUGUACAGGUAAUUGUCAGGUUGUGUCGUCGCAAUAACUGAUGAUAUGAUGCCCAUGCAAAAUUGAUUCAUUAAUGUAAUAAAUUUCGUUUUAUGAUUGAAUCUAUGUGAUUAAUUAAUGAUAACGUUUGAAUUUUACAUGGAUCGGUAAUCACUUGAUAUUAGAUCCUGGUAAUCAAUUGAUUUUGAAUGCGAGGUACUAAAAGUAUUAAAGCGUUGUAUACGUAUUGUAACUUUCUCCAUAAAUUUAUAAAUAAAAGAAUAAACCUUAACAAAACUAAUCGGACAACGGUUUACUCCAUGAUAUUAAAACAAGAUAAACCAUGACACCAUUAAAAAUGCUCAUGAAGUACAUAGAAUAUGAGUACAC